AUGACGAUGUCAGAUCCUGUCCAAACAUCCACGGCGUUGCUCACUGAACAUCUGCAAUACACUCCUCUCUCACUGAUUGACGACAUCAUCAAUUCCGUCAACAACUUCGUGUACCAGGGCGUGGGAAGUCUCGAGAUUGGGCUACUCUCUACCCCUCCCGAAAGACUAGGAUUCAAAGCAGUCAAGCAUGAUGAUACGGAUGGUACAAGCCAGGAAGACUUUCCAGAAGCGAAGCAAGAGAUUGAAGAGGGACUGCAUCAACUAGAGACACUGCUCAACUCGACCGUGGACAAAAACUUCGACAAAUUUGAGAUUUAUGUGUUGAGGAACAUCCUCUCGGUUCCGGCAGACUUAGGUAUAUCAUACCCACCUCCGGAAAAUGGGCCUACCGCUGAGAGCGUACAACUGCUUCGACAGCAACUCGCGGCCUCACGAGCAGUCUCCCGCGCCCUCUUGGAAGAACAGACCAGGAAUGAAGCAAUCCUUGGGCAAUUGCGAGGUAUUGUGGGCAGCACCCCAGGCGCAUCAAACAGCCUGUCUUUCCUCACUACAGCUGCACCUCUGGUUCAACAAACCUUGACAACGAAUACCAAUUUUGUGCUCUCUCAGUUACCGGCGAUCAGGAAUCUACUUAACGAGCUACGACCCAAAUUGGCCGCUUUGAGAGAAGCCAAGGGGCUGCUGCAAGCAGAUACAGCAAAGGAAGAAUUGAGAGCAGAACGAAGACAGUACAUCGAACAGCGCACGAGAAUGCACUUGGAACGAAAUGGUCAGACUCUUGGAGAAGAGUCUGCAAUGGUGUCUGGUAAGCGAGUUGAUCCGGAGGAGGUUCAAGCUUUGGAAAAGGUUGCCUCCAUAUUUGAGCCGACCUAA